AUGGACUUUUCAAAUAUCCAGUGCAGCUCUCUUCUUCCUGAAGUUGAAGAUCUACACAUUGAAGUUUUGGGUAUCCCUGAAGGAUAUAGCUCUCGUGUUGAGACACAAAUUAAAUUAAAUUUACGACUUCUCGAUAGAGAUGGCGUAAGAUCGAAUCUUUGGCAUUUUCUCAGGGUCUCAGAGAAUAUUUUGGUUGAAUCAGACUUUAAAAGACGCAUCAAUCGGUUUUACGAGUAUGAAGAAACAUUUUCUCUUCUAUCCUACGAAUAUAAUGUACUUGUAUUGGAAGCAAAUGUGAUAUGUGAUUCAGAUCCAUACAAAAAAGUAUCUCCAUGCAGUUACUGCAUAAGUCGCGAAAUAAGAUAUAAAAAUAAAGCAGAUAAAAAGCGAGUUGGUAGAUUCAAUUCAAUAAAAUUUUCUAGCUUAACAAGUUUAAGAAAAGCAGAAAAAGAAUUGAUGAGAUUCAAUCAUUCUUCAACAGAAAAAAAAGCCAGGGAAAUUAUAUUAAUAUGCUCUAAACCGCUCAUAAAGUUUGACUAUGGGGAAAUAUCGUUGCCAGUGCGUAUUACCUGUUUUUGUAGACAUAAAAACGAGAAUCUAGGCUUUAGUAUGUCUAACUAUUUCUGCUUCAGGGUUCUUUUUUCAAUGAAAAACUACAAGGGAGACGUGGUUGCUACAGGGAUUUCUCCUGCUAUUAUGAUUACACACAAGUACAGAGCAAUCGAUAAACAAGGGCCGAAUAAUAAAGCCAAUCAACUUUAUGAGAAUGGAGAACAGCUGACAACAGCGGAUCUACUUGAUCUCGAGCCUGAGAAUUCUCAUUUCAUGGCUAGGCACCAACACAGCAAUAAUCUGACCAUAAACCAUUUUCAGAAUUCUAUCAAAGCUUUUACUGACAGUAACUAUAAAACGGUCGAACCCUAUACUAUUACAAAUACCAAAAAUAAUUCGACAAUCAUUAGUCCCGCUAACAUAAAAGCAAUACAAGGUUUCGUCUAUCUAGAUUACUUUAAUACAAAUACGCUUUAUUCUAACAAGUUAAUUGAUGCGGCUACAGUUGUGGAUAGCUCAAGUUCGUUUCAAGAAUACUUUGGUAGAAAACCCAAAUGCUGGUAUACGGAAGCACCUGAAGAAUAUUCAAAUAUUUUGGGAUUGAACAUAUUGCCAGCCAUUGAAGAUGCAGGACUUGAACCAAGCCAGAUCCUAAAUGUGGAAUGCGAAGAUGAAAGCCAGUUAUACGAUGCAUUCAUACAUUCAAUCCCCGAUAAGUACGUAGGACUCGAUGCUAUUUCCAAUUUUUUGGAGCAAGACGUGGAUGCUCUGCUAGAUACCCACGAUAUUCCGUGGCUUUAA